AUGGUGUUUUACGUCGGCAAUGGCAGCCCGUCUCUCACAGAAAGAAGCCUGCAAGGCUUGAUUUCAAGUCAAGUUACCGCUGUGAGGGCUGGCUCGGCGACGAUUUGCUCUUUCAACACCAGACCUGGUGAAGAGAUAAUUGCUUCCAACCCGGCAUGCAGGUUUCAAGAUCUCACUCUGCUUCCUCUUGCCUCAUCUCGCUAUUCAUUCAACUUCGCCAUUCUGUUUGUCAUUUAUAGCACCUCCCGCUUGGCUCGCUUCGAACCUUCCAUGCAUUGUAUGCUGUUACACCCCUCGUUGGUUAUCUGGGCGAUCGCAGUUGGACGAGCCACGUCCAAAGACCACCCGAAUUAUCUCUUUGACUGUUCUCAUCAGACCGUCCGAUCCCAACCGGCGACGGUCCCUUUCUGCGGCCAUCCACUCUUUGAGGAUCCCAAAGAGCCAAAUAGGGCCACCGCGUUCACAUUCCUCCCAGCACAAGCGGACAAAAGCUCGCCCAAUCACUCCAAAUGUAUCGGCUCCCCUACGACCCGAAACUAUUGUUGCUUGCCAAACCAAAUCAAAGACAAUCCUCGUCAUUAUCAACUCUCGAAAGCUGUCGGCGGCCAUUGUGUUCGGAUCACUCAUCACUCGGAGAAAUUGACGGUCGUGGAUCUCCCCCAAUGA